GCCUUUUUAUAACCCAUAGAGUAUUCUGAAUUUGAUCAAUUUAAGUUUUUUAUUGGCCGUUCCCUGCGCGCUCAGGUCUAGCAAUAUUAAUGAUGGCGAAACUUCUCCGGCUCUCUCCCCGAUUCUCGGCGAUUCUCUUGGCCAGUCCCAUGCCAUCCGGCAUCCAAAGGCUAUAAAUAUGAUUGACUAACCGGACCAAUCGAGCAGUUAAAUUUUGAAUUUCGUACCCAAAGGCAGCCCAAGGAGGAGCAGUAAUCGAAAGGGAGCCAUGUUGGUCAAGGUCUUGAUGCUCGCAUUGCUCGCGGUCCUGAGCCAGGCGAAGCCCCAGCUGCUGGUCACGACGCCAGUGAGUUAUGCCACCGGAUCGGCAUUGGGAGUGGGCGUGGGAGUGGGUGGCACUUGGCUUAGUCCUUCCGCCGCCUACUAUCCGGCCUAUGCCAGCUAUCCGGCCUACGCGGCGUAUGCGUAUUCACCGGUUUAUGGCGCAUACGCCACGUAUCCCUAUUACCCGUAUCUAAGGCGAUGAAUCCGAUGUUGCCUGAUGCUGUUCGCCCCUCAGCUGGCCUACCUUAAUAUUCAAUUGUGUAGGGUUUUCUACUAAAUUUACAGUGCUAAGCAUUUCAGAAGCUGUGCAAUUUGAUUAAGGAGUGCGAUAACAUUUCAUAUGAAAUAAACCAUUAAUUAAGUGAUUUGUAUUCAAUUUAAAGGAUUCCAUGUGAUCAGUGAUUUUUUUAUGAUAAAAUAACAUUUUUACAUUGGCUAACAAUUUCUUGUUCUCUUUUCAAAUACCAUAUAAAGGAAUAAAGAAUGUAAAGAAAUAAAAACAUAAUAAUCCCGCA